CUGCUUAAGUAAGUGGUUUUAAAUUAAAAUAAAAUUAAACAAAAUCUUAGGAACAAAAAUCUAACAGUUUGCAGUCUGAAUGCGAGCGGUACACCAAAUAAAAAUUGCCCUUCGGAGAGAAUUUGUGGAGAAGUAAGCGAAUCAAAAGCCGUUUGUAUUUUAGAUGAAAAUAAAAAUUGUAUAAGAAAAUUUAAGUCAAGCUGUCAUUUUGCAAUUGCCGCCUGUAAGGAUCGUAAUUUACAAUUCACCGACUAUAGCGACGAGUACUGCGGAAUGGAUGGUUGGAUGUGCCAAGAGCCGCCCUACGAACGCUGGACACUCUUCUUUGGCCAAGAAGCUGAGUAAAAGACGACAUGGCCGAUCGCCGACGACGAAUGUGCAAAUUAAUUAGAUAGCCUUUCAAUAAAUAAUCAAUCAAUGCGCAACGGGCCGUUCACGUGCCAAACGACGACGACUACGUCAAAGACCGGUAGGAGGCAACCGAUAGCCACCAGCGUUUUUUCCCACUCAGUGAGACAGAAUGACGCCUCGAGCCUUUUAUACGCUUUUUUAUCCAAUAUUUUCUCGCCGUUUUUUAUUUUUGCGCUUUUUUGUGUUAUUUUUGGGUCUUCGACGGGUGCUUUGCAUAAUCUCAGUCGGCGGCGCCACAGCCCAUUGGCCUCCUCCUUCAACGCCAAUCAGCGGAGAUCUCCAUACCUGUGCAUAUAUAAAAAGUGGACCCCUCCGAGAUUCGGUUGUCAGUUAAUGCCCAUCAAUCGAAUCCGUCCAGGCACAGCCAUGAGCAGCGAAUCGCUAAAGUUCUAUCUGAUAUGUCUGCUCGUUAUCUGUGUGGUCGGUUGGAGUGCAGGAAUGUUGAGUUCGGAACUUUCACGGCAGGAACUCGAGGAUCGGUAUCGAGAAAUGCCGCCGGUUUCCGAUGAACGAGAUGCAGACGCCGAGCUGGAUAGCGCCUACGAUCGGUUUACUCAAAGACCUCGAAGUCCAGAUCUGAAAGGCUAGACAAUCGAUGUGGGUGUUCUAUUCGCAGUGACACUUCUUAUGUCGCUUUCAGGGUUAUGGCUAUGUAGUUCUAAGCUUAGGCAAAAUGUACAAGCGUAAAAUAAAGCAAUUACUUUGGUGAAACGUG